AUGAAUAAACAUGGCAGUAUUCAAUAUGAAACACAGAUAUCUCGUAAAGCAAACGAUCAUCAUCAUCAUCAUCAUCAUCAUCAUCAUCAUCAUCAUCAUCAUCAUCAUCAUCAUCAUCAUCAUCAUCAUCAUCAUCAUCAUCAUCAUCAUCAUCAUCAUCAUCAUCAUCAUCAUCAUCAUCAUCAUCAUCAUCAUCAUCAUCAUCAUCAUCAUCAUCAUCAUCAUCAUCAUCAUCAUCAUCAUCAUCAUCAUCAUCAUCAUCAUCAUCAUCAUCAUCAUCAUCAUCAUCAUCAUCAUCAUCAUCAUCAUCAUCAUCAUCAUCAUCAUCAUCAUCAUCAUCAUCAUCAUCAUCAUCAUCAUCAUCAUCAUCAUCAUCAUCAUCAUCAUCAUCAUCAUCAUCAUCAUCAUCAUCAUCAUCAUCAUCAUCAUCAUCAUCAUCAUCAUCAUCAUCAUCAUCAUCAUCAUCAUCAUCAUCAUCAUCAUCAUCAUCAUCAUCAUCAUCAUCAUCAUCAUCAUCAUCAUCAUCAUCAUCAUCAUCAUCAUCAUCAUCAUCAUCAUCAUCAUCAUCAUCAUCAUCAUCAUCAUCAUCAUCAUCAUCAUCAUCAUCAUCAUCAUCAUCAUCAUCAUCAUCAUCAUCAUCAUCAUCAUCAUCAUCAUCAUCAUCAUCAUCAUCAUCAUCAUCAUCAUCAUCAUCAUCAUCAUCAUCAUCAUCAUCAUCAUCAUCAUCAUCAUCAUCAUCAUCAUCAUCAUCAUCAUCAUCAUCAUCAUCAUCAUCAUCAUCAUCAUCAUCAUCAUCAUCAUCAUCAUCAUCAUCAUCAUCAUCAUCAUCAUCAUCAUCAUCAUCAUCAUCAUCAUCAUCAUCAUCAUCAUCAUCAUCAUCAUCAUCAUCAUCAUCAUCAUCAUCAUCAUCAUCAUCAUCAUCAUCAUCAUCAUCAUCAUCAUCAUCAUCAUCAUCAUCAUCAUCAUCAUCAUCAUCAUCAUCAUCAUCAUCAUCAUCAUCAUCAUCAUCAUCAUCAUCAUCAUCAUCAUCAUCAUCAUCAUCAUCAUCAUCAUCAUCAUCAUCAUCAUCAUCAUCAUCAUCAUCAUCAUCAUCAUCAUCAUCAUCAUCAUCAUCAUCAUCAUCAUCAUCAUCAUCAUCAUCAUCAUCAUCAUCAUCAUCAUCAUCAUCAUCAUCAUCAUCAUCAUCAUCAUCAUCAUCAUCAUCAUCAUCAUCAUCAUCAUCAUCAUCAUCAUCAUCAUCAUCAUCAUCAUCAUCAUCAUCAUCAUCAUCAUCAUCAUCAUCAUCAUCAUCAUCAUCAUCAUCAUCAUCAUCAUCAUCAUCAUCAUCAUCAUCAUCAUCAUCAUCAUCAUCAUCAUCAUCAUCAUCAUCAUCAUCAUCACAUCAUCAUCAUCAUCAUCAUCAUCAUCAUCAUCAUCAUCAUCAUCAUCAUCAUCAUCAUCAUCAUCAUCAUCAUCAUCAUCAUCAUCAUCAUCAUCAUCAUCACAUCAUCAUCAUCAUCAUCAUCAUCAUCAUCAUCAUCAUCAUCAUCAUCAUCAUCAUCAUCAUCAUCAUCAUCAUCAUCAUCAUCAUCAUCAUCAUCAUCAUCAUCAUCAUCAUCAUCAUCAUCAUCAUCAUCAUCAUCAUCAUCAUCAUCAUCAUCAUCAUCAUCAUCAUCAUCAUCAUCAUCAUCAUCAUCAUCAUCAUCAUCAUCAUCAUCAUCAUCAUCAUCAUCAUCAUCAUCAUCAUCAUCAUCAUCAUCAUCAUCAUCAUCAUCAUCAUCAUCAUCAUCAUCAUCAUCAUCAUCAUCAUCAUCAUCAUCAUCAUCAUCAUCAUCAUCAUCAUCAUCAUCAUCAUCAUCAUCAUCAUCAUCAUCAUCAUCAUCAUCAUCAUCAUCAUCAUCAUCAUCAUCAUCAUCAUCAUCAUCAUCAUCAUCAUCAUCAUCAUCAUCAUCAUCAUCAUCAUCAUCAUCAUCAUCAUCAUCAUCAUCAUCAUCAUCAUCAUCAUCAUCAUCAUCAUCAUCAUCAUCAUCAUCAUCAUCAUCAUCAUCAUCAUCAUCAUCAUCAUCAUCAUCAUCAUCAUCAUCAUCAUCAUCAUCAUCAUCAUCAUCAUCAUCAUCAUCAUCAUCAUCAUCAUCAUCAUCAUCAUCAUCAUCAUCAUCAUCAUCAUCAUCAUCAUCAUCAUCAUCAUCAUCAUCAUCAUCAUCAUCAUCAUCAUCAUCAUCAUCAUCAUCAUCAUCAUCAUCAUCAUCAUCAUCAUCAUCAUCAUCAUCAUCAUCAUCAUCAUCAUCAUCAUCAUCAUCAUCAUCAUCAUCAUCAUCAUCAUCAUCAUCAUCAUCAUCAUCAUCAUCAUCAUCAUCAUCAUCAUCAUCAUCAUCAUCAUCAUCAUCAUCAUCAUCAUCAUCAUCAUCAUCAUCAUCAUCAUCAUCAUCAUCAUCAUCAUCAUCAUCAUCAUCAUCAUCAUCAUCAUCAUCAUCAUCAUCAUCAUCAUCAUCAUCAUCAUCAUCAUCAUCAUCAUCAUCAUCAUCAUCAUCAUCAUCAUCAUCAUCAUCAUCAUCAUCAUCAUCAUCAUCAUCAUCAUCAUCAUCAUCAUCAUCAUCAUCAUCAUCAUCAUCAUCAUCAUCAUCAUCAUCAUCAUCAUCAUCAUCAUCAUCAUCAUCAUCAUCAUCAUCAUCAUCAUCAUCAUCAUCAUCAUCAUCAUCAUCAUCAUCAUCAUCAUCAUCAUCAUCAUCAUCAUCAUCAUCAUCAUCAUCAUCAUCAUCAUCAUCAUCAUCAUCAUCAUCAUCAUCAUCAUCAUCAUCAUCAUCAUCAUCAUCAUCAUCAUCAUCAUCAUCAUCAUCAUCAUCAUCAUCAUCAUCAUCAUCAUCAUCAUCAUCAUCAUCAUCAUCAUCAUCAUCAUCAUCAUCAUCAUCAUCAUCAUCAUCAUCAUCAUCAUCAUCAUCAUCAUCAUCAUCAUCAUCAUCAUCAUCAUCAUCAUCAUCAUCAUCAUCAUCAUCAUCAUCAUCAUCAUCAUCAUCAUCAUCAUCAUCAUCAUCAUCAUCAUCAUCAUCAUCAUCAUCAUCAUCAUCAUCAUCAUCAUCAUCAUCAUCAUCAUCAUCAUCAUCAUCAUCAUCAUCAUCAUCAUCAUCAUCAUCAUCAUCAUCAUCAUCAUCAUCAUCAUCAUCAUCAUCAUCAUCAUCAUCAUCAUCAUCAUCAUCAUCAUCAUCAUCAUCAUCAUCAUCAUCAUCAUCAUCAUCAUCAUCAUCAUCAUCAUCAUCAUCAUCAUCAUCAUCAUCAUCAUCAUCAUCAUCAUCAUCAUCAUCAUCAUCAUCAUCAUCAUCAUCAUCAUCAUCAUCAUCAUCAUCAUCAUCAUCAUCAUCAUCAUCAUCAUCAUCAUCAUCAUCAUCAUCAUCAUCAUCAUCAUCAUCAUCAUCAUCAUCAUCAUCAUCAUCAUCAUCAUCAUCAUCAUCAUCAUCAUCAUCAUCAUCAUCAUCAUCAUCAUCAUCAUCAUCAUCAUCAUCAUCAUCAUCAUCAUCAUCAUCAUCAUCAUCAUCAUCAUCAUCAUCAUCAUCAUCAUCAUCAUCAUCAUCAUCAUCAUCAUCAUCAUCAUCAUCAUCAUCAUCAUCAUCAUCAUCAUCAUCAUCAUCAUCAUCAUCAUCAUCAUCAUCAUCAUCAUCAUCAUCAUCAUCAUCAUCAUCAUCAUCAUCAUCAUCAUCAUCAUCAUCAUCAUCAUCAUCAUCAUCAUCAUCAUCAUCAUCAUCAUCAUCAUCAUCAUCAUCAUCAUCAUCAUCAUCAUCAUCAUCUUCAUCGACAACAACUACAACAACAAGAAUAUUGUCAUCAUCAUCAUCAUCAUCAUCAUCAUCAUCAUCAUCAUCAUCAUCAUCAUCAUCAUCAUCAUCAUCAUCAUCAUCAUCAUCAUCAUCAUCAUCAUCAUCAUCAUCAUGUUUUCAGAGCUCAUUUUUCGCAUAA